ACAAUCCGAUAGAAAAAGGCUUUCGAACAUGUCAUUUUUUAGAGCUUAUGGCAAAGUAAAUGAGGUUGAUCAAGCGGAGUUUGAGGCUCGUUGAAAAACCAGGAGGAGAAUGGCCAUCAUUUCCCUGUCUUUGAUAGUUCUUGCUGCUAUAGUUGGUGCUGCUGUUUUAGGAAGUAGAAAAGGAGACUCCGAAAGUAGUGGCAAUGGUCAAGUUCAGUCCAUCUCUACUUCCAUCAAAGCUGUAUGUGAUGUGACCUUGUAUAAAGCUACAUGUUACAAUAGUCUUGCUCCUUCAGCUAACUCCAGCCAGUUCAAACCUGAAGACAUCUUCAAAUUCUCAAUGAAAGUAGCAAUCACUGAGCUAUCAAAAGCAUCCCAGGAUGUCUCUGAGAAUGGGAUUUUUAAAGGCGAUGUCAACAAGAUGUCAAUUGCAGCCUUGGAGAAUUGUCGUGAACUUUUGAGUCUAGCAAUUGAUCAUCUUAAUAGCUCCUUAUCAUCAUCAGGUGAAGCUUCGGUUAUUCAAGCUGCUGAUGAUCUUAGGACAUGGCUAAGUGCAGCUGGUACUUACCAGCAGACCUGCAUUGAUGGUUUUGAAGAGCUCAACGGAGAUAUCAAGACCAUUGUUCAGGACCAUCUGAAGUAUUCUUCUGAACUAACUAGCAACAGCCUCGCCAUUGUAACAUGGCUUUCAAAGGUUGCAAGCACGUUUAAUUUAAGGCGAUUAAUGAAUUUUCCUCCUGACCAUGAAAAUCCAGGAUGGUUGCAUCAAAAAGACAGGAUAUUACUUGAAAGUUCGGAUAAAUUGAAGAAGAAAGCUGAUAUUAUUGUAGCAAAAGAUGGCUCUGGGAAGUAUAAGACUGUCAGUGCUGCCCUUGAGGCAGUCCCUGACAAAAGCAAGAAGAGGACUGUGAUCUAUGUGCAAAAGGGAGUUUAUAAUGAAAAUGUAAGGGUUGACAAAAAUAAAUGGAAUGUCAUGAUGAUUGGUGAUGGGAUGGAAUCGACAAUUGUAUCUGGAAGCCUCAAUUACGCUGAUGGGACUCCCACAUUUUCCACUGCAACAUUUACUGUGUUCGGGAAAGGCUUUGUUGCUCGAGAUAUGGGAUUUGUCAACACUGCUGGACCGGAAAAACAUCAGGCAGUGGCCUUAAUUUCUUCUGCUGAUCAUUCAGUGUUCUACAAAUGCCAAUUCGAUGCCUUUCAGGACACUCUAUAUGCACAUUCCAACCGCCAAUUCUACCGCGAAUGCAACAUUACCGGAACAAUAGAUUUCAUAUUUGGAAACUCAGCUGUAGUCUUCCAAAAUUGUAACAUACUCCCAAGGCAGCCUAUGCCUUACCAACAGAACACAAUCACUGCUCAAGGGAAAGUUGAUCCGAACCAGAAUACUGGGAUUACCAUUCAGAAUUGCACCAUUUUGCCUUAUGGGAAUUUGAGUAAUUCUGUUCAAACAUACCUUGGUCGACCAUGGAAGGAUUACUCAACCACCAUUUACAUCCAUACAAAUAUUGGGAGCUUGAUAGAUCCUGCAGGGUGGCUGCCAUGGAGUGGCACUACUGCACCAAAUACCAUAUUUUACUCCGAAUAUAAGAAUAUUGGCCCUGGUUCUUCAACCAAGGGUAGAGUUAAAUGGAAAGGUUUGAGAAAUAUUAAUGAUGAAGAAGCCAAAAAGUUUACAGUCGAGAAAUUCCUCAAAGGGGAAAAGUGGAUCUCAGAUGCAGGUGUUGGCUACAAAUCUACUUUUUGAUUGUAGUAACAUCCUUCACAUUAACACAUUAAGUUAAAGUUGUGAGCUAAAAAUGUUUGCUUCUAAGUUUUGCAGCUGCAAAGCAUCAAUAUACAUAUGAUUUUGUUGUGUAUUCUUAUCUAUUUUCCACUGUAUUCUUAUCUAUUUUCCACUUUCAUUGUAACAACUUUUACAAGAGAUUGCAUCCAAUUUCACUCCUUCAAAUCCUUCCUUCCUAUAGGCAAAUUGUGUAAAGAGUAUUUUUUUUCUUGAUGAUGUGAAUGUUCAGGACCAAAAUGAUAGCUUCAAACAUUCUAGAUUUGUAUUUUGUGAACCUUUAUUGAUUUGCUUGCUUUUUCUUGUUUAUAUGAAUUAGGUUACUAGCUAGUCAUUAGGAUUUUUAACUCAAUUAAUAUUAGGAGUCACAUUAUUAGCUCAACUCAAACUAAAAUAGAUAACUAUCUUUUAUUUCAUUAAAAUACUAUUAUAGUGUCGAAUAAUGCAAUUAUCUUUAAAAGUCAGUUCAUGCAAUUACCCUUAAAAGAUAGCAUCUAGCAAUGUGAGGGUUCAAA